CUCCUGGCCUCUCCUAUUCUCCCUUCCCCCACUCGUUCUCCCAUCAUCCCAGUUCUCCUUUGGCUACUCUUCUUGCCCCCUCCACCCUGACUCUUCCUUCCUUGUCUUCUCUCUCUCCCGGCUUCCGUCCCUGUUUCGUUGGUUGUUUUUUUUUGAGGUGCAGACAUAAUCUCGGCACAAGGGGGCGCCUAGGAGUCAGGGGGCGGGAAAGGCGCCUGAGGCGCCAUUUUAGGUGGCGCACUUCCCACCUUUGUGCUCUCAACUCUGAGUGGCCGGUAAGGGCAGAGAACCAGAAGUCCUUGCGACGUUCAGUUUCACCUGCCUUCGGCAUUAACCGUCCCGACUUGGGGUGUUGAGCCCUCGACCCCCCCAAGUCGGCUCAACGGCCCUGCCAUCGAUCCCCCCCACCCCAAACCCCCGACCACUCUGACAGAUCAGCCAGUUCGAAGGAACAUCGGUGGGCAGAAAAAUGAACACCCCGUCCUUCUUAAUCCAGAGCCUGCUGGAGAAGAUGGAAUCCGCCGACAAGGAUUUAAGGUUCAUGGCCACCUACGAUCUGAUAAUGAUGCUAAAGAAAGACUACGUUAUAAUGGAUGAAAAUACGACCAGAAAAGUGGCGAUGAUGGUCCCAAUGCUGACACAAGAUCAAAAUGCAUCGGUCCAGACUUUGGCGGUCACGUGCUUGUGCCUUCUGGUACAGAAAGUGAAAGAGACUCAAGUUGAAGUCAUCGUGGACACUUUGUGUGUCAGUAUGCUCACUGGGAGCAAUAAAUUUCGGGACAUGUCUGGCAUUAGCCUUGGAAAAGUCAUCAAAGAAUUUUCUUCUUUAACAGUCUCACCUGUAAUAAUCCAAGUGUUCCAGAGACUCACAACUCAGCUCGUGGAUGCUAUUGAACGGCAUCACGAUGUGUCAGUGCAGAUAGAAGCUCUGGAUAUCCUGCCACAGGUACUGAGCAGGUUGGGGAAGGCUCUCUUGGAUGUCCAAAUUCCCGUCCUCCACUGCCUGAUCUCAGUGCUCACCACCCCCAACAGUACUCUGCGGAAGAGAGCCAUCAAUGCCCUGGGAUGCCUAGUCAGCAGCUGCAAUGGGGAUAUCCUCUCCUUGCUCAUGGAUCACCUGUUGACGGGUAUUAGGAGCCACAGGUCUUUCUCCACCAUCAAGACCUACAUCCAGUGUGUCACCACCAUUGGAAAGAUGGCAUGCUGUCACAUCGAAAAAUACCUGGAGCAGAUCAUCCUACUCUUGGGGCAGGUUUGCAGCAUGGAGGACGAAGACCUGCGGGAAAAUUGCUUCUACGCCUACGAGGUCUUCACGAGAAGGUAUUCUAGAGAGCUGGACCCUUUCAUCCCCAGCAUAACCAAGAUGUGCCUUCAGUAUUUAGCUUACGAUCCCAUCUACGGUAACAACAGUGAGGGCGCUACGGAUGACCAGCCGGACAGCAGUGAUGAGGCUGCCGAACAAGAAAGUGACGAUCAAUUCAGCGACGACGACGACGACGAUGACAUGAGCUGGAAAGUCCGCGGGGCGGUGGCCAAAUGUCUGGAUGCCGUUAUCUGCACCUGGCCUAACCAACUGCUGGAGUUCUACCACACCCUGUCUCCAGCACUCAUCGACAGGUUCAGAGAGCGGGAGGAGAAUGUUCUGGCCAAAAUCUUUGAUGCCUACAUUUCCCUGCUGAAGCAGACACAGUAUACGAAGGACAGGCUCCAAAUCGUGAUGGCCAAGGACAGAGAGAGUACUCCGCUCCUCAUGCUGCAGGAUCAGGUUCCCCACAUUGUCAACGCCCUCUAUCAGCUUCUCAUGAGCAAAAACAACAAAGUCCGACAAGGAUGCGUCACUCUUCUCAUCGAACUGUGUAAUACCCUGCCGGGGUCUUUGACUGAGCACGUUCCUGUCCUGGUACCUGGAAUUGCCUUCUCCCUGGCUAACAAGUUGCAUCCCAGCAUGCGAUUCGACACUUUGUUCUUCUUUCACACUCUCCUGACCACCCAUCCCUGCGAGGCCUUCCAGCCGCACAUCGCAGCGCUGCUGCCCUCGGUGAUGGUCUGCCUCGGCGACCCCCUCAACAAGAUCUCUUCCGAGGCCUUGCUGGUUACCCAACAGUUGGUGAUGGUUCUCCGGCCCCUGGGCGGGGCUUCCCAUUUCGACGCGCGACCCCACGUGCGGCAGAUCUUCACAGCCAUCCUGGACAAGCUGAAGGCCACCCACCCUGACCAAAAGGUGCAGGAGCAGGCUCUCAUUUGCAUGGGUCAGGUCGUGUGCCACUUCGGGGACCACCUGGGUGACGAGCUAGAGCCCACGUUGCUCAUCUUGGUGGAGAAGCUGAAGCACGAGAUCAGCCCGCUGACUACUGUCAAGGCCGUGACCCUGGUGGCGGACUGUUCGCUAAAGGUGGAUCUCGGGCCCUUGGUGGGAGAGGCCCUCCCCAUCCUGGUGCCCUUCCUACAAACGAACGAAUGGAGCUUGAAAACGGCCACCCUGACGGCCCUCAAGACCUUGAUGAGGCGCCACAGUGCCGGCCUUACGCCAGCAGCGGUGGAAGUGGUGCUGGCCCAACUGCCCGUCCUCAUCAGCGAUCGCGACAUGCACAUCUCCGAGGUGAUCGUGAGCUUCCUCACCACCGUGGCUCAGUGCCACCUCGACUCCCUCACCAAAGUCAGCGAUUCUCUCCUCCCGAAGAUACUCGAGCUGAUCUACUCGCCGCUGCUGCACACUGGAGCGCUGCCAACUAUCACGGACUUCUUCCGGGCCUGGGUGGGGCCCGGAAGCUACGUGGAGCUGAUGAGCCAGCUCAUCGACCCCAUCUACGACUCGAGCGCCAGCGCCCUCGAACUGCCCAAGCAGACCUAUAACUCAGUGGCCACGUGCGUGGCCGCGCUGACCUCCAGCUGCCCCCGGGAGGUUCCUGGGACGGUGAGGCGAUUUGUCCAGGAUGCCCAGUCCCCCAGCUCAAGCCCAGCGGUGAAGGUGCUGGCCUUCUUUGUGUUGGCCGAGUUGAGGCAGGACGUGAGACGGGAGGAGCAUCCAGAGCUGAAGGAUGUGCUUCUGGGGGCACUCUCAUCCCCCAGUCAGGAGGUGAAGGAGGCAGCAUCCUAUGCGUUGGGGUUUGUCGGGGCGGCAAACCUCUCCGACUACCUCCCUCGGUUACUGAAAGAGAUUAUAAUCCCCAGCAGAAGACAGUACCUGCUGCUGCAAUCCCUGAAGGAACUAAUAGGAACCGCCCCCGCCAAGACCCUCAGGCCCUACGUGGAGGCCAUAUGGGCCCUACUCUUCAUACACUGCAAAGACGCCGCAGACUGGGGCCAGAGCGUGGUGGCCAAAUGUCUAGCGCAACUAGUGCUUGUGGACCCUGGCCAGCUGCUGCCUCGGCUGAGGGUGAAGCUCUUGUCAGAUUCCCCCAACAUCCGUGGCACCGUAGUCACGUCUGUCAAAUUCCUGAUCUUCAAAUCGGUGCAGCCAAUCGAUGACCUCCUAGAAGAUUGCAUAGGAGAUUUCUUAGAAACUCUUCAGGACUCGGAUUUCAACGUCUGCCAGGUUGCACUGGCCUUGUUUAUCAUCCUCGCACACAACAAACCCUCACUGAUCCGAGAUCGCCUAGACACCCUAUUGCCCCACGUGUACAUCAAGACCAAGGUCUGUCGGGCGCUCAUCCGGGAGGUGGAGAUGGGUCCAUUUAAACAUCGUGUGGACGACGGCCUAGACCUCAGGAAGACUGCCUUUGAGUGCCUGUAUACACUGCUGGACAGCUGCCUGGAUAAGCUCAACAUCUACGAGUAUUUAGAACAUGUCGAGGAGGGGUUGAAUGAUCAUUACGACAUCAAGAUGCUGAUUUUCAUCUUACUGAAUAGGCUGUCCAAGCUGUGCCCCCUGGAUUUGCUGCCGAAGAUAGAAGGCCUCCUUGAACCCCUCAGAAUCAUUUGCACAAGUGAAAUACCCUCCUCCCCAAUAUGGCAUCACCUCACCAGCUCCCCUGUGCAAAUAUUCCCACCACGGGGUUAGCGAGACUAACCCAGCACAUACGAAGGCAAGUUUAGUCAGCCAAAUAACUCCAAUGGUAACAAGUGACCCCGAUCAAUAGUAACACUGACCCAAGUUUAGGGUAAAUGGAAACCCAGUUUUCAAAGCAAUAAACGAUUUUAAUUCCUUACAUUUUCACCCUAAUUUAAACUCUGAAAUGCCCCCAUUUAACUGUUAUGAAAAUUAGCAUGUAUGGGGGUUGCCAGUCUUUGCACUUUAAGGGGUCUUAAACCCCAAACUGAGCCAAGAAAAUUUUUUCUCCGAGUCUUUUUUCCUCUAAGGAUUUAUCAAAAGCUUUUUGUACUCAGUAAGUUACAUAUCCUGUGUGCACUAAGCCAACUGAGUUAGCAACAGGCCAAGUUUAUCUCAACAUUGACAUCUGCCAUGAAGCCAAAUGCAUUACUACCAAUCCAUCAUUACCCAAGACCAUUUCUCUCUAUCAAGUAGUGCAGGUUUUUCAGUAAACUGAUGCUUUUGAGCCACUCCACCCCCACCUAGUUGCACUUGGGGGUUUCAACACUUGUCAUUUUGCAGUCUUCCUCAAAUUAGGGCCAACACCAAAAUGGCUUAACUGUGAAGGCAUGCAAAACUCUUAUGCACUUAAGUCAGUAGAUACUACUUAAUCUUCCUUUCAACCCUGCAAUGCAUACUUCUUGCGCCUUCCCUGGGAUAAAUUAUUUUAAGAGCGCUAAGCAGUUGCCCCUCCCCAUAACCAUCUGAGGGGAACUGAAAGACCAAACGAAAUGGUAGGCUUUUCUUAAAGAAUCCAUAGUUGGAAAAAAAUUCCAUUGCAUAUUGCUCAAGAUCAUUUUAGGGCAAAGGAUUGUUUUUAAGCUUAAGCAUCUUUUUAAGCUUAAUAUAAAACCAUGCAAAAAUCCCAAAUGCGCCCCCCCCCCCCCAAUAAUUAUUAGUUGCUAACCAGUAACUCCUACAGAGCACUACCAAAUCUAGUUCUCAACCCCACAUACUCCCUAUAGCCACAUGGUGGGUAAGUUAAGUUGCACAUUUUAGUAUAAGGAUGCCAUGUGUAGAAUUCAUGAGAAUGUCAAGAAUCGCCAUCAUAAAAAAAAAAAAAUAAAGUCGUCAAAUCCAG